GUCUGGUUCCAAAACGCUCGGGCCAAAUUUCGUCGCACUCACAGUAUCUAUUUUCAAUCACAAUCAUCCGAACUCAAACUGGACAACGAGCAGACCCACGUAACCGGUCAAGACUCUCCGAUUUCACCGAACGGAGGACCAGUUUCUCAGUCCUACUCCGAUAGUCAGUCUCUUCUGUACCCAUCCGAGAGUAUUCGCAGUGAUUCAUCUCAACCAAGUCUGAGCGAUUUGGACAACUCAUUCAGUCUGUACACUUCGGAUUACGGGAUACUAACCGGUCAGAAUCACAUUUCCCAACUUCCUCCUCCACCCUGUCUCACUCCCCUAUCCUCAACGGUGCAGUCGAAAGGAGUGCACGGUACAAUCAAAUCAAACCCAAUCACAACAGCAUCCGCUUCAUUUCCCAGCAAACCUUGGUUAGUGAAACCGACAAAUACAGAGUCCGGUUUGCUAAACGGUAUUUCCGAGGCCGACACAGUGGUUCAUUUUGAUGCGUUGAACAAUGGACACUUCUACCCGUAUUCCGUGUGCACUGGGACCACUGUGGAAACGGUGACAACGUUCCCGGGUCACGGAUCAUUGAUGUCGACUUCGUUUGACACAGCUAGUAGUGCAUCCCCGCCCACACAAUUCUGUGCCGUUGAAGAACUCACCGAUCAGACUACCACGUUCUGUUUGAUCGACACGGAAGCGGCCGAUGUCACACAGAUCUGUUUGCCCCGAUCUCGACCGCGUUGCGGAUCAGCUGAUGUAAGGUGA